AUGAUUCAAAGAAAACGAAUUUUACAACAAAGUGGAAUAUUCCUCAAACAGAAUCCAGGUGAAGCUCAUCUCACAAUUGAUGAACUGCGUGAAAUGGCUGCCAGUAUCGAUGCUAAUGUAUUUAUGUCUAAAGUGUCGAGAUAUGUUGGCAAUAUUGCAGGUACUAAUGCUUACUGGAAUAGAGUAAGAGAGGAACUCAAAGCUAUCAUAACUAGUGUUGGAGCACCAACAUUAUUUUUCACUUUCUCUUCUGCAGAUAUGCAUUGGCCUGAGUUGCAUGCUUUAUUUAAAGCUGAUCGAUACUGA